AGAGAUCUUCAAAAGAGAGAGUGUGAUCUUCCAGAAAUCAGUCUACUGCUUUGUUCAUCUGAGCAUUCAGGAGUUUCUGGCUGCAGUCUACAUGUUCCACUGUUACACCAACAAGAAGACAGAGGUGGUGGAGAACUUCCUGAGGAAAAAAGGCCGCCAUGUCUCUGCUAAGUCUCUGGAUGACUUCCUGUUUGGAGCCAUGAAGAAAUCUCUGCUCAGUAAAAAUGGUCACCUGGACCUGUUUGUUCGCUUCCUUCAUGGUCUCUCUCUGGAGUCCAACCACAGACUCUUAGGAGGUCUGCUGGGUCAGACAGAGAACAGUCCAGAAAUCAUCCAGAGAACCAUCAACACCCUGAAGGAGAUGAAUGCUGAGGAAAUCUCUCCUGAUAGAUGCAUCAACAUCUUCCACUGUCUCCAACGACCUCUCUGUUCAUCAGGACAUCCAAGAAUUCCUGAAGUCAGAGAACAGAUCAAAGAAGGAACUCUCUGAGAUCCACUGCUCAGCUCUGGCCUACAUGCUGCAGAUGUCAGAGGAGGUUCUAGAUGAGUUGGACCUGAGUCAGUACAGAACAUCAUGGGAGGGACGAUGGAGACUGAUCCCAGCUGUGAGGAACUGCAGAAAGGCUGAACUGUCUUACUGUGGACUCUCAGAGACUCAUUGUGAAGUUGUGGCCUCAGCUCUGAAGUCCAACCCUUCCUAUCUGACAAAGCUGGACAUGAGUUAUAAUGAGCUGGAUGAUUCAAGAGUGAAGCAUCUGUCUGCUGGACUGGAGAGUCCAAACUGUAAACUGGAGACUCUGAGAUGGAGGUGAUGAUGUUUGUGAAGAGGACGGUAUGUGAGCUGAGAGAGGAUGAGCUGUGUCCUGAUGAUCCAGAGGUUGAAGCAGCAGCAGCUUGUGUGUAGAGAGACUCUGACUCAGAUAAAUGCUGCAGAAUAAACCACAUGUUCAACCGAAACAUGAACUAAAACACAUUCUACUCACAGUGAUGCAGCCAGUGUUCAGUUUCACUCACUCAGCAUAUAGAUGUGUUUCUGUUUAUGCUCUUUGCUUUAACUUCUGAAAAGUUCUGGAUGGAGCAGCUGUUUAAAUUCAACUCUGGAUUUUUACAAUUUUGCGCUGUUGGACUGUGUAUGUGCCACGUGCAGUCAUAUUUUACAAAAAGCACACAUGCUUGGAGGAAAAGGAGCCGAGCUAGCCGCUCGUCAUCCUGAAGCUAGCAUGUGUGGUAGUUUUAACACUGCUAUGCUCUGUGUGGACUGUCAAAAAGCGAAGAGAGACAUUGCUAACCUCAGAGAGGAUAUCAGACGGCUCUCAGAUGAACUCCGGAAAAAAGACUCUCUCCUAGCUGACUUCAUGGAUACUGCAGCCACACAAUCCAGGAUCAUCUCAGCCAUGAACUCUCCCUCAGCAGCAGACACCAUUCCUUGGGACCCCUCCUCGUCCCACUAUCAGCCCUCUUCCUGUUCCACUCCACUCCUGGAAAGAUUCUCAAAUCUUUCCAGGCUAUCCGAGCUUCUUCAGAACCAGUGGAAUGCCAAAUUCUUAUGAUUUAUGCUCUCAAUAUUUAUAUUAUUUAGCUAUUUAUUCAUGUAUGUGGAUUUUACCAUUUUACUGCUUUUAAUUGCUCUUAUUUUAAUGAAUUAAUUUAUUUUUGUUGUUUGUUUUUAUUGUUUGUUUGUUCCUUUGCGUAUUAUUCAUAUUUUACUUUUAUGUGUGUAGUAUGCUGUGUGUGUGCACUUAAAGGGUCUGGGGCAUGGUGGGGGUAGGGGUGUUUGUUUUUAAUGUAAAGGACUUUGUGUUCCAUUUUUAUGUAUGAAAAGUUCUCUAUAAAUGAAGAGUGAUUGAUUUAUCUGUCUCUCCACUGAGUAUUUAAGUGCCAAAAACAGAAUAUUGCUCCGUCAUGUCUCCACAGAGAUUGCUGGUAAUGAAGUUUGUCUUGCAAAAGAAUGCAGAAAGCAGAAUAUCUCUGGAUCACCAUUGUGUUAUAUUUAGUGUGAAAGCCAGCUGCCAUGAAAUACUCAGUGAAAUAUUCAGUCUCUAUAUGUGUCACAUGUGUCAAUCUGAUAUUCUUCUGUCAGAGUUUGAAUCUUUGAGUUUCUCUUGAAUAAGCUUACUUUUGUAAGUGAAAGUUAAUAUUUUUGUGCAAAUGUCCUUGUACAUUAGUACUGCAUGUACUGUGAUUGGUGUAUUUCUCAAAAACCUGCAGGAGCAGUUAGGUGACAUAAAAGUUGUUAAAAACCA